AUGCAUGCCGACAUCCUGCUCCUGGUGCUCACCGGCACCGUCCUGAACGUGGUGGGCCAGUACCUGACCGCCACGGGCUUCGCCGCGCCCUCGGCCCAGGCCAUGCCCUGGAUCCGGUAUGGCGCCACCCUGGCUUACGCCGGCCUCGUGCGGGCCCGGCGCACGGUCCACACCUCCCUCUCCCCUCGCCAGCACUCCCUGCUGACCCUGAUCGGGUUCCUGGAGACCGUGGCCUACACCCUCUUCACCCUGGGCUUCUAUGCCUGUGGCCCGGCCACCGCAAGCCUGCUGCUGGCCGCGGUGUCCCAGGUGCUCACCGCGGCCUCCAGCCACUGGCUGCUGGGCAAACGCCUGAGCCCGCGCCAGGGGCUCGCCGUCAUGCUGUGGGGCACCCUCUUCCUGGUGGCCGCGGCGGCCAUGUACACGGCCAUGGGCGUCGCCUACGAGGCCCUCCUGGCCGCCUCGGGCUCCGCCCGGCCCAGCUAUGCCGACGUCUCCUGGCACUCCUCCAAGCUCGGCUUUGCGCUCACCAGUGCCUACGUGCUCGUAUACACCCUGCCGCGGGCGUCCGCCCUGUUGUCUUUCGACCAGCCUGGCCGGACACUGGGCCUCGUCGGCCUCUUUGCCGUGGGCAUGAACCUGCACAUGGCCUGCCAGGCCCACGUCUUUGGCAGCCGCGGUGCCCUGGGCGUGGCCCUGGCCAAUGCGCUGCGGGGCGCGGCACUGACCCUUGCCACCGCCUCCCUCUUCUGCUCCCCAGACAAGCCCUGGCUGUGCCUGAGCCAGCGCAGCGCACUCAGCGUGGCCGUCACGCUGGCAGGGGGCUACCUCUGGGGCAGCGCCGCGGCAAAGCCGGCCGCAGUGCCAGAGGCGCGGCCGCACAAGGAGCUGUGA